AUGAUUCCAUAUUUCCUGUCUGUGACUCUCUUGGCUUUGCUCUUUGCAACUGACAUGCUUAUGUUUCCUUCAAUCCCAACAGUGAACGUGCUGACGAUUGUGGUCCUGUCCCGGAGAAAGUGCGGUCUUUCUAAAGGAAUCACUCGUUACCUGUUGGCCAUGGCAGCAGCGGAUCUCCUGGUUGUUAUCUUAGACCUGGUACUAAGGCAGAUUCCGAUUGUUUACUGGGAAGCGUUUCAUUUCCUGAGUAACAUCCGCGUGUGUAAUGUCCACGCUGUCCUACUUUACGCAGCCAACGACUGUUCCGUCUGGUUCACCGUCAUGUUCACCUUUGACCGAUUUGUGGCUAUUAGCAGCCAUAAUCUGAAAGCCAAGUACUGCACUGAGAGAACAGCGGCUGCUGUUCUGGGUACUGUGGCCGCGCUGAGUUGUUUAAAGAACAUCUUCUGGUAUUAUAUGUUCUCAGGAGCAUACCGGAUGUCCAAUACCCCUUGGUUUUGCCUAAUAAGGUCUGCCGCCGUAUUCUCAGUGACCUGGACCGUAGUCGAAUACGGCAGCUACCUCCUGACGCCUAUCAUACCGUUUGUGGUCAUUCUGCUGCUCAAUACUUUGACCAUUAGACACGUGUUAGUGGCGAGCAGAGCCCGGAGGAGACUCCGGAGUUGCAACAGUGGAGAUAGUUCCAAAGACUCGGAAAUGGUGAACCGUAGGAAGGCGAUCAUUUUACUGUUGGUCGUGUCGGCGAAUUUCAUCAUGUUGUGGAUGCUUUAUGUUGUGUGCACUGUCUGGAUACGAUUGGUUUACAUUAGCAGAACAGCACUGAUGACUGUCAUGACCGAAAUUACUUCCCCACCUAUAUUCAUUUUGGAGCUGGGUUACAUGCUGCAGUUGCUGAGCUGCUGCACAAACACAGCCCUUUACGCCUUGACCCAGAAGAAGUUCUGGGAGCAGAUGCUGGAGGUGGUGAAAUUCCCAUUCACUCUCAUUGUGAGAGAAACUAUUCGAAAUGAAGAGUAUGAAACCGGCGCUACCCACCAGGUUGAACGCGAUUGA